AUGCUUGACGGAAACGACCCGGGACGUGCGUUCUCGCAAGUUAAGAUGUUUAUGGCGAAAUUCGGGGAUGAAUCUGUGGUGCACGCACUAGUAGACGCACAAGUGACAAGGACAGACAGCCAUUCGCCGCCCUACUCGCCGGUAAAAGACGUAUGGAGACUUCUACCACAACUUGUGGGUGACUGGAUCAGCAGCGGUAAAACCGCUUACGAAGUCACCGUUACUGAAUCGCGUAGCAAUGAAAGCCUCCGAAGAGUUUGCUGUACAAUGGACGUUGAAAAUCGUCCGUCGGACGUAUAA